UUGGCCUCUCACUUCGGAGUUAUACCAAAAGCGAUGUAAACAUGCGUCGAUACUCGAUCAACUGACGCGGAUUUGAGCUGUCAUGGACUGUUGAAGUUCCCUCAGUGAGAUGGAGGAGAUGGAGGAGGAUGUUUUAGAUCUCUAUGAUGAUCAUAAUCAUAAUUCUCGCGCAGAGGGUGUGAGUUUGUUCGCACCUGCGCAGGUGUGUGUGGAUUCAUCAGACUCCUGCAGUGACACCUGUGAAUCUGACAGCUCACCUGCAGCCGCUUCUAACGGCGCCGCACUGCUGCUCAACUCUGCUUCAAAGUUCUUCGUGAGUGCAAUGACUGCAGAAGACUACAGGACGAUAUAUUGGCCAAAACUAGAGCGAGCCAUUGAACAGCUGCUGACUCAAAGCCCGAUGGACCACAUCUCCAUCUCAUAUGAACAGAUCUACAGUCACGUUUAUAAGUGUGUGUGCCAACAGCACUCAGAACUGCUCUACAAUGACUUGAUAUGGAAGAUCACAUCUCAUCUAGAACACGUCUCUUCAGAGCUGCAGGCCAGUCCACCGGAAAGUUUCAUUGAAAACUUCAACGUUGCUCUGACGCAGUACACCGCUGCAUUGCACUGCAUCGUUCCAGUGUUCAUCUAUAUGAAUAAGUUCUACAUCGAGACAAAGCUGAACAGAGACCUGCGGGACGAUCUCACGAAGCUCUUCUCCGAGCAUGUAGCAGAGAAACACGUCAGCACAUUACUGCCUCUUCUUAAAAAAGCUCAUGACAUGCCAUUUCAAGUCAAACCAUCGACUAUGGCGAGUGUUGUGAAAGGCCUUUGCACCCUCCGGCCAGACUGGGUGGCUCUCGAUCCAGCUCUGUUUUCUAGAUUCAUUCCUCAAAUCGACCCUCCUGCUCUUGAAUCUCAACUCCCGCAUUACGCUGCUCAAGACAAGAAACUACAAAUGGAGCUCUCGCAGAACGGCUUCUCCAGAGGAGACCAGUCGCGGAAGCGAGCGAGUGAAGAAUCGUGACAGUGAAGUGGAUUUUUACACUACUUCAGUUACGCUGAAACACAUAAACAAAAGACUUCCCGUGGUCUAGAAGCUUCCCGACAAGCUGCUGCAAUUUAAAGAGAGAAUUCCACCUGGAUAUGAAAAUUCUGUCAUCGUUUACUCACCUUCAUGUUGUUCUAAAUCCUGCGUGACUUUCUUUUACGGAGCACAAAAGAUGAUGUUAGGUAGAAUGCUCAAGCUGUUCUUUUCCAUACAAUGAAAGCGAAUGGGGACUAGAGAAUAAUCACCACUGAUGUAGUCCAUAUGAUUCAUACACAAGUUUCCAAGUCUUCUGAAGCCAUAUGAAGCUUUGACGCUAUUGAUGCGUAAUCCAUCCUGUGCUAAUUAGAUUUGAGAACGUUUAACGACUUAAUACGUACAAGACUUAAAUUCUGUAAAGAGCAGCAUGAAUAUGUCCUGAAGAAGAAAGAAAGGGGUGAGGGUGAGUAAAAAGAAUCAUAUUUUUAUUUCUGGGUGAACUGUUCCUUUAAGCCUCUGUAAACUGUGUCAAAUUCACAUCUGAAACAGCAUUGAUGAUGAACGUUGUCCGAUACAGAGACGCUUCGAAUUUGGGAAUUCUCUGUUACUUUGAGAGUUCGUAAAAGCAUUACAAAACUCAUUCUCAUUUCUCAGUUUGUGGCCAAUAAGUGUUUGAAUGGCACAGUCAGAUAUACAGGAAAUAGAAUUGCUGCUUUCUGCUUUCUCUGGGUUUCCUUUGCACAGAAAUCAUUGUGUCUCAAGGCUGAUGUUUCAAAUAGAUGCUGUUAUUCCUUUCUGCUCCGGGUCCAUUUUCUUACCUUGUCAUUCGGUGAGAUCCGUCAGUUUCCAGCAAUAUCGUGUGAGUUCAGAGUUGAUGCUGUAAUAUCUUGAUGUUCUGUUAAGGUUACAAUAGCGUUGGAUUUCAUAUGGAAUAAUGGACAAUGGACACAUUCAAAGUUCCAGAUUUUCCCUGCUUAUUUUAGGGUUCACUACUAAAGAAAAGAGGUUCAUUUUGCUGCCACUUUAGAUAACACAGUUUUAACCAGUUUUGUUCAGCACAUUCUACUUACUGUUGUGCCUUUUGGCUGUCAGCCUUUCUUAAUCUAGUACAUUAAUCUAGUAAUAUGGCAACUGCAACUGUGGAUUGUUUUUUUCUUUAUUUUAUUUUCUUUGCACAUCCUGAGAUGAAAGAUGAAAGUCCUAAUUGAAUCUGGAUGAGGAUUGGAAUUGUGAAUACCGCAUUGAUAAAAGUAAGCUAGGCUGCUAAUAAUUGAUCUGGAAUGAAAGCAUGACACUGAAAUAAGAAAUGAAAUGAUUAUAAAGUCAUAUUUGAAUGUACGUUAUGGACAAAUCUGUAAAAUGCUUGUUAAUGACUUUAAAAAGUGUUACCCAUAAAAGGAAGCACAAAGAACUAAUUUGCAUAUCGGCAGUGUUACAGAAGAAUUCCAAUGGAAUUUUGCUCCUAUACAAAAUGUUUUAAAUUUAGUUCGGAAUGUUAGUUCUUUUUCAAGGCAUAUUCUUUAAAACCUCAUUAAAAAACAUGAUGUAUUAAAUGAGUGCGAUGCCAAACAGAAAACUUGAACUACAAAUAAACAGUUACCA